CUUAUUUUGCAGCUUUUUGCAAUCUUUGCAUUUGCAACAUGUGGAGGCUACUCCGGCGAACUAAGAGUCAGUGUGGACUGCGCCAACAGAACUCUGAGCGACCUCCGCAUUGACAUCGCCAUUGCUUAUCCUUUCAGGUUGCAUCAGGUGAAUUUUGAUGUCCCCACAUGUGAAGGGAAGAAGAAAGAAAACCUCUCGCUGAUAGGAGAUUUUUCUUCUUCAGCUGAGUUCUUUGUCACAAUCGCCGUCUUCGCCUUCCUCUACUCUCUGGCCGCCACAGUGGUCUACAUCUUCUUCCAGAAUAAGUAUCGGGAAAACAACAGGGGGCCCCUAAUUGAUUUCAUUGUGACGGUGGUUUUCUCCUUCAUGUGGCUGGUCAGCUCGUCUGCCUGGGCUAAAGGACUCUCUGAUGUUAAGGUGGCCACAGAUCCUGAUGAAGUUCUGCUACUGAUCUCUGCCUGCAAACAGCCUUCCAACAAGUGUAUGGGACUGCGGAGUCCCGUCAUGUCCAGUCUGAAUACCUCAGUGGUCUUUGGUUUUCUAAACUUUAUUCUGUGGGCUGGAAACAUCUGGUUUGUCUUCAAGGAGACGGGCUGGCAUGCUUCAGGUCAAAGAUAUCCCCAAGAGCCAAUGGAAAAACAGUCUGGUAGCCAGUCAUUAAACCAAGGUGGAUACAACCAAGAUACCUAUGGACCAACUCCACCAUAUACCCAGCAACAAGGAGGAUUUGGACAGCAACCCAAUUUCGGACAACCAGGUGGACUUGGCCAGCAAAACUAUAACCAGGCUCGAUACAACCAAACAGGCCCAACAUCUUUUGCCAACCAGAUUUAA